AUGCUCGUAGCUCUUCUGGGCAUUUUGAAAUCCGGUGGCGCCUAUUUACCCCUCGAUCCAGCCUACUCCAGCCAACGUCUAACAAAUAUUCUACAUGAUGCCGACCCUUUGUUCCUCUUGGCAGAUUUAAGUGGUCAGAAAGCACUUGGCACCCAUCACAUUUCAGUGGUGGACUUAGAUCAGACCUUGCCUAGUUACCUUGCGACCGAUAAUCCUGAUUCGACCAAACUAGGGCUCACUUUUGCCCAUUUGGCAUAUGUGAUCUACACUUCUGGCUCAACUGGGACGCCGAAAGGAGUAAUGGUAGAACAUCAAAAUGUGUUUAAUUUAGCUCAAGCCCAAUCUCUACUUUUCGGAGUUACUGUUAACAGUCGAAUUUUGCUGUUUGCUUCCAUCUCUUUUGAUGUCAGCCUACAAGAAAUCGUAAUGGCACUAACGAAUGGAGCCUGCCUUUGCCUCCCAAAUGAUGAAAUACGCAGAACGGACACAUCCUUGCUUAAAUAUCUUCGAACCGAGAAUGUUACUCAUGCAUAUUUACCACCAGCUCUGAUCCGAAAUACACCAGAUCUUGCAGACUUAAAGGUCUUGCAAGCACUAAUUUUGGGUGGUGAAACACCUUCGCUAUCCCUAUUACAAAGUGUCAUUUCUAAGACAGCCAUUUUUAAUGCCUAUGGACCAACCGAAGUAACAAUGUGCGCAACCACCUGGUCGUGUCCGUUAGAUUUUGGAAAUAAUUCGAUCCCCAUCGGUCGUCCGCUGUCUAACAUACAGACUUAUUUAUUGGAUGCUCAUGGUGAACCAGUGCCGUUGGGAGCCGAAGGAGAAAUAUAUAUUAGUGGUGCUGGUGUAGCUCGCGGCUAUCUAAAUCGAGCAGAGCUUACCGCGGAACGAUUUCUUCUCAAUACAUUUAGUGACAAACCAUCGGCACGCAUGUACCGUACCGGCGAUCUGGCUCGUUAUUUGCCUGAUGGUAACCUUGUAUUUCUAGGGCGUACUGAUCAACAGGUUAAAAUCCGUGGUUUCCGAAUUGAGCCCGGUGAAAUUGAGGCCCGUUUAUUGGAACAUCCUUCGGUGCACGAAGCGGUUGUGCAGCCAUGGAAGAACGAGAUUGAUAGUGAUACACGUCUGGUUGCCUAUGUAGUGGCCGAUCCAGAUGCAUCACUGGCUAACGAUCUACGUACAUAUCUGGCAUCUCUAUUGCCUAAUUAUAUGGUGCCGGCGGCAUAUGUAUGCAUAUCAACAUUACCACUCACACCGAAUGGCAAAUUGGACCGACGUGCACUUCCAGCACCGGACGAUGAAGCAUUUGCUCGUCAAAUAUAUGAAUCUCCUCAAGAUGAAAUGGAAGAAAAACUAGCCGCAAUCUGGAGUGAAUUGUUGGGUAUUGAACGAAUCAGCCGAAAUGAUAAUUUCUUUGCGUUGGGCGGGCAUUCCUUGCUAAUUGUACGAAUGCUAACAGAACUACGGAAAGCCGGUUUAGAUACCAGUGUCAAGAAAAUAUUUGAUGCUCCCACCUUAGCCGCACUAGCUGAUACUCUCGGCAAACACCAAUCGUUUAGUAUUCCACCCAAUUUGAUUACUGAAGACAGCACAAAGAUUACUCCGGAUAUGUUACCUCUUAUUAGCCUAUCUCAAUCAGAGAUUGAUUUGCUAGUAGCACAGGUGCCGGGUGGUAUGGCUAAUAUUCAAGAUCUUUAUGGGUUAGCACCGCUACAAGAAGGCAUCUUGUUUCAUCAUAUGAUGGCUGAGCAUGGCGAUUCGUACUUGUUAGUAAGUCGUCUACAGUUUAGUGACCGAGAGACACUCGAAUGUUAUUCAGCCGCUUUGCAACAAGUGAUCGAACGACAUGAUAUUCUACGCACCGUUUUCAUCUGGGAAGGACUCAGUGAACCGGCUCAAGUUGUUUUACGUCGAGUUCCUUCAAUACUCACAAAGGUUACACUGGAUGAAACCAAUGAGCGAGCUCUAGAACAAUUAAGUAACCGAUUUAAUCCAAGUCACUACAAACUAGAUCUGACCCAAGCACCGUUGCUGCGUAUUUUUGCUGCUCAAACGUCUGAAGAGAAUUGGGUGGCAGUAAUUCUCAUGCACCAUUUAAUCAGUGACCACACAACACUAGAAACACUAAAUUUAGAAAUGCAUGCCAUUAUUGAUGGAGAGAGUGAUAAGUUGACCCCACCCACACCAUUCCGGCAUCUAGUGGCUCAAGCUCGUCUAGGAGUUAGCCAAGCUGAACAUACUCAGUUUUUCGAAAAAAUGCUUGCUGACGUUGAUACACCAACCCUUCCAUUUGGUCUGAGCGACGUUCAUGGCGACGGCGCUUCGAUUGAUGAAAUGCAUCUGAAGUUACCACAUGAACUUAAUAAUCAGUUACGGGUGCAUGCACGUCAUUUACAUGUUAGCUUGGCCAGUCUUUGUCAUUUGGCCUGGGCACAAGUACUUGCUAAAGCCAGUGGACACAAGACAGUUGUCUUCGGCACCGUACUAUUCGGUCGUUUACAUUCUGGAGGGAAUGACAACACAAUGGGACUAUUGGUGAACACGCUACCAAUUAGGCUGGAUAUCGAUGAGAGAACAGCAGAGAGCGCCGUGCGUCAUACUCACUCACGUUUGAGUGCAUUGCUAGAACAUGAACAUGCGUCGCUUGCGUUGGCGCAACGUUGUAGCGGUGUGCCAGCAACUUUGCCUCUUUUCAAUGCGCUAUUGAAUUAUCGUCAUAAUCAGCCGAGCACUACAUCGGUCACUACAUCGAUGCAUGGAGUCACUUAUCUGAGCUCUGAGGAGCGAACUAAUUAUCCAAUAACCUUGUCAGUUGAUGACGACAGUGAUGAGCUGGCUCUAACAGCCCAAGUGUUGUCGCCAAUAUCAGCGGAGCGGAUUUGUGGUUAUAUGCAACAGUCUCUCGUCUCACUUGCUGAUGCAUUAACAAACACACCAGAGAAAUCGGUGCGGUCAUUAUCAGUGGUGACACAGGAAGAACGUAAUAUGUUGCUGCAUAGUUGGAACCAAACGACAAUUAAUUAUCCACCUGUUCGUGGGCUUCACAAUUUAUUUGAAGAGCAAGUAGUUCGCAACAGACAUACUAUUGCCGUAAAGUGCAAGGGAGAGUCUUUGAAUUAUGCUGAACUUAAUGCUCAAGCAAAUAAAUUGGCACAUUAUCUGAUUACGCUAGGCGUUAAACCAGAAGACCGAAUUGCAAUUUGUGUUGAACGUAACACGAAAAUGGUUGUUGCCCUUCUUGGUACUCUAAAAGCUGGUGGCGCUAAUGUACCGCUUGAUCCGGCCUACUCCAGUCAACGGCUAACGAAUAUUUUGAAUGAUGUCAAUCCAAUGUGUGUGUUGGUAGAUAGGGCCGGUCAUAAAGCACUUGGCGUUCAUCAGGUGCCAGUGCUAGACUUAGAUACAGUAUUUCUUGAUGGCUAUUUGGCCUACAAUCCGGAUCCAAUCAAACUGGGUCUCAAUUCUUCUCAUCUAGCGUAUGUAAUAUAUACAUCUGGUUCGACUGGAACACCGAAAGGAGUGAUGAUUGAACACAGAAAUAUAACAAAUCUUCUUUACUGGAGUCAAGAAGCGUUCACAACCGAAGACUUAGAACAUACCCUGUUUUCAACAUCUAUUGCUUUUGAUGUAUCCGUUUUCGAAUGUUUUGCGCCAUUAUCGACGGGAAAGACGAUACAUAUCGUUGAGGAUGCACUCGCAAUUACACAAAUGCCGUCGUAUAUAUCCCUAUUUAAUACAGUGCCUUCUGCAAUGACGGCAAUAUUAAAUGCUGGAACUUUACCAUCUUCGCUCCAUAGCCUAAAUUUGGCAGGCGAACCACUAAACGUUCGAUUAAUUAACCGCAUUUUCAGCCAUACUGAAAUCGAUAAACUAUGUAAUAUUUAUGGACCAACGGAAACGACUUAUACAACUUGCCAUAAAUAUGAACGUAGCAAUAUUGUAAUUGAAACGAUAGGUCGUCCCAUUGCCAAUGCCAGUAUUUACCUGCUGGAUUUACAAGGAGACCCAGUGCCGUUGGGAGUCGAAGGUGAACUAUAUAUUGGUGGUGCUGGUGUAGCUCGUGGUUAUCUCAAUCAACCAGAACUUACAGCUGAACGAUUUCUACCUGAUCCAUUCAGUGAAAAUCCCAGAACGCGAAUGUACAGAACAGGAGAUCGUGCUCGCUAUAUGCCUGACGGUAAUUUAGUCUAUAUGGGACGCAAUGAUCAACAAAUAAAAAUACGAGGUUUCCGAAUCGAACCUGGUGAAAUUGAAGCCCUCCUCAAUGAGCAUCAUCUGAUACAUGAAGCUGUUGUUUUAUCAUGGAAAACCAAGCCUGAUUCUGAUGCCCAAUUGGUAGCCUAUUUAGUGGCAGACGAGGACACAUCAUUGGCUCAGAACCUACGCAAUUAUCUAGCAUCCUUACUGCCUGAUUACAUGGUGCCAGUGGCUUAUGUUUGUUUACCAUCUUUGCCACUAACACCAAAUGGAAAAUUAGAUCGACGUGCACUGCCAGCUCCAGAUGAUAAAGCAUUUGCCCGUCAAACAUAUGAGGCUCCACAAAGUGUAAUGGAACAAAAAUUAGCCGCAAUUUGGAGCGACCUGCUAGAUAUUGAGCAUAUUAGUCGACAUGAUAAUUUCUUCGCAUUAGGUGGUCAUUCUUUGCUGAUUAUACGAAUGCUAACACAAUUGCGGAAUAUCGGGUUGGAUACCAGUGUCAGGGAAAUAUUUGAUACUCCUUCAUUAGCCGCACUAGCUGAGACUAUUGGCAAAUACCAGACAGUCAAUAUUCCACCCAAUCUGAUUACCGAAGACAUCACGAUAAUUACUCCAGACGUGUUGCCGCUUAUAGAUCUAUCUCAGGCAGAGAUU